UUUAAAUUCGCGCAGGAACUGAGCUAUUGUUUGUAGCGUUACACCGAAUUCCGUUUAGUUCUAUGUCGUCGUAAAAUUUACGUACUUUGGGACGAGGUCAGUUGGUUACUGAAGUCAGCUUAAACCCAAGCAAGGAUAGUUUUUAAAUAGCUGAGUUAUGUAACGUUAGGAAGCCCAGCUGAGCUUAAUCAGUUUUGGUUUUGAAGUUCCCGUUGAAAACAUGAAGGACAAUCCGCUCUGACAGCACGUUCAGCCCCUGUGAGAGAUGGAGGAGCUCUACACUUUAGAGAAGGAGGUUGGACGAGGCAGCUAUGGUGUCGUCUUUGAAGGCCAUGUGGCCAAAACGGGACAGAGGGUGGCUAUCAAGCGUCUGCCCUGCAGCAACCCGGAGUGCAUUGAACUCUACUUGCAAGAGCUGUGGGCCAUGAGAGCCACAGCCAGGAACCAUGUCAAUGUCAUCGCACUCCACAGCUGCCUCCUGCAGACAGGGCCAAGGAGUUUGAAGACCCUAAAACCAGGGAAACUGCCUCUACGUCUAGUUGAGAGCGUGCUGAAGGGCAGUGUAGUCGGACCACCACGAGGUCAGGAAAGGGAUAAUUCCCAGUCCAACACUCAGAGGAGGACUAACUCUGUCUCCAGACUUCAGGACAGGACCAAUACUUUGCAGGCCAGGGCAAAACCCCAGGAUAAGACUAAAUCAACUCCAUCUGAUACUACAACCCCACAAAGGCCUCAAAACAGAGCCAGGAAGAGACCAGCCGAGAGGGAGGACGAGCAGCCGGGACCCCUGCGCUGUUUGGCUCUCUGGCUGGUGAUGGAGUACUGUGACGGGGGCGACUUGAAUCAGUACCUGCUCUCCAGGCCACCAGAUGCCCAGCGUGACCACAAUGUGGUGCAGCAGCUCAGCAGUGCUGUGGCCUUCCUGCAUAGCCUGGGAAUAACCCAUAGGGACCUGAAGCCCGACAAUGUGUUGGUCUCUGUUACACCAAAAGGCCCCAUUGUCAAGGUGGCAGACUUUGGUCUGAGCAAGAUGAGCGAGGGCUGGAUGGAUGGUGCUCUGACCAGGCAGCACUUUUCCUCCACCUGUGGCUCUGACUUCUACAUGGCUCCAGAAGUUUGGGGUGGACUGACCUACACAGCCCAGGCAGACAUCUUCUCCCUGGGUGUGAUGUUCUGGGCCGUCCUGGAGAGAAUCACCUUUGUGGAAGAAGGAACCACACAGGAACAACUCGGUGCUUACGUGUGUAAGGGUCGCUCAGGCUGGUUGAUGCCGCUCGGGGAAGCUUUGUGGGAGAACGCUGACCUCCAGCUGUGUAUCCCUAUGAAGUUUAAGAGAGCGCCCCCGCUGCCACCCCCUCCUGGUCCAGCCAUGUGCGCCCUGCUUUUAGACAUGCUUGCCUCAAACCCGGAUUCUCGGCCCCCUGCAGACCAGCUGGAGGCCAGAGUGCGCUCUGCUCUGGAAGAGGACUCCCACUGACUCUUAAGAGACCACAGUGGCUAUAACCACUAUAGCCACUACAUGUAUAUAUUGAGUGUGGGACCCCCUGACUGCAGUGCUUCCUGCAUGUGUAAAGAACAGCCACUUGGCUGCAGCAGAAAAGAGGGGAUACGAGUGCAGAGCAACUCACAAGCCCGAAAUUAUUCAUACCCCUGGCAAAUUUUGACUUGAAGUUACUUUUAUUCAACCAGCAAGUUGUUUUUUUUGACCGGAAAUGACACAAGCUUCUCCCAAAAGAUAAUAAGACGAUGUUAAAGAGGCAUCAUUGUUGAAAAAAUGAUUUCUCAGUUUUUAUUUACAUUUGAACAAAAAGUGGCAUGUCCAUACCCUUUUCAAUAAUCAAUAGAAAAGCCUUUAUUGGCCUUUUCCAAUUAAGAAAAAACUUGCUGAUUGAAUAAAAGUAAAUUUAAGUCAAAAUUUGCCAGGGGUGUGAAUAAUUUCGGGCUUGACUGUAUGUAUGAUAGUAUGUGAUUGCAGGUGUUAUUUCUAUCAGUGAAACAGCAGCUCGGGUUAUAAACUGUACAGGAAAAAAAGGGAAAUAAGGAUGAACUAGUAGAGGUCCGGUUGAGCCCUUUGGGCCGCUAGUGGAAACCAGAUCUUGGACCCCCGACUGCACUGUAGCCAAUACAGUACACGCACCGGUAUUCAAACAAGUCCAUAUAGAGAUCCACUGGGACUUACUCCAGUUGUAUUUGAUGUAAGCACCAUGCUGUUUGUUGUAGGUCUUGAAUAACAGUCUUAUUCUUAUUAUUAAUGUGUAUAUGGCUAAAAUGUAACGCUGCUGUAGCUCGAUGUUUAGCGGGUCUGCAGUAUUUACGCUACGCCUGAUUAUUGAUGCUUCAGAUUUAAAUUUUACUCAAAUAUCACAAACCACGCCAUUGAUGUAGCAUGUACAGUCCACUGGGCUUCCUGAUGAGUGAGUGACCACUUGUCCAUUAUAAAGCAUAGUAAAAACAUCUUUGGGACACUAUUAAAUAAUUCUUAAUAGCCAUCGAGACAGGUGUUAUUAUGUCAUAAGGUGUUUCUAGUAUUAUUCCUCAGAAUACAGUGUGUGUGAAUGAGGUGGACGAUAUAUUUUGCAUUAUAUUAUCUCCUGCAGGUGCUUGUAAUUUUCUGAUCUCUGUGUGUAUUUAAGAUUUUUGUUGCAGGAAUAUUUCUUAAAUAUUGAUGUAUUUCAUAUUAGUUUAAUACAUGAACUUAAAAUGUUUCUUUAAAGGGUUUCUUAUUUUAAAAAUAAAUUAUUUCCUCAUUACACCAGUUUGAUGUUUUAAAGCUUUUGUUUUUGAAAGUUAGUUUCUGUGUGAGCAUCGUUUUGUGAUAUCAGCACUGCAAACUAAAGUGCACACAGUGACUAACGAUUACUAAUAUACCAACCCCCCCCCCCCCCUGUGAACAGGAAAUUAAAGCCAGGCAUUAGGCCUGUUGUUGAUCAUAUCCAUGCUGAGACCACAGCAUUUAUUACUGGUCAUCAGUCUUAGUCACUGACAGUUCAUAUCUUAGAUGACCACUUAUUUUUCCGCUCACAUGCUUGAAAAAAGGAUAUUUAUUAUCACUAUGUAUUGUCAAGAAACCCCAUUUUUAAUGUAAUGUCAUUUAAAUAAACAGGAAAUUUUAACCUA